AUGUCUCCUUCCAUCAAGUCCGUGUUGAAGAAAAACCAGGGCCGAGUUCGGCUACUGGAGGCUCAUGACCAUGCCACCAAGGAGACAAUCCGCGGGACAUUCAGUGAAAAUGGCGAAUCUUUUGAUGGAAUUUGGCUGAGUGGCCUGACCCAGACCACGUAUUUGGGGAUCCCAGAUACAGAAUUGAUCUCCCCUCUUCAGCGUGCAAUGCACAUGUCGGGCCCGAACAACAAUAUUGAGCACGAUGGGCGCCGUCCGCUCUGCGCUGCGUUUGACGCAGAUAGUGGUGGCAAUGUCGAGGAGAUUCCACAAUUGAUCUCGUGUCUGCUGUCCCUGGGCAUCUCCAUGGUGAUAAUUGAAGACAAGAGAUUGACGGCGCCGGGUCAGAAGGUCAACUCUCUUGCUGGCGCCUCCCACUCCCAGGGCCAGGCUAAUAUGUACGAGUUUGCGAGGAUCCUUCAAGCAUUCAGAGCUGCCACCGGAGACAGCGAGAUCAUGAUUACCGCACGGAUCGAGAGCUUCACCACCCGCACGCCGGAGGAGGAUGAAGCCAAAGAAUUAGCGUCGGUCCAGCUGGCCCUCGAAGAUGCGCUGGCGCGUGCGGAACUCUACAAGAGCCGCGGAGCAGAUGCUAUUAUGAUCCACAGCAAAGCGAAAACCCCGCUCGAGGUCUUGUCAUUUCUGAAUCAGUUCCGAUCCCAAGAUGCGGACACGCCCCUGGUUGUGGUACCAACCACCUACGGCUCUAUUACAGACCAGGAGUUGCAUCAGGCCGGGGCAAAUAUCAUCAUUUAUGCGAAUCAUUUAAUGAGGGCGAAGAUUACCGCAGUUGAUGCUAUGUCGAGCUUCUUGCUGGCCACGAGACAGUGGGGCUUCUCGUUUGGGAACAAGUCUUGGGACCGUGCCCUUCAAUUUCGGAACUUCGGGUACCUUCUACAGAAAUUAGAGAAGGCUGAAAGUCUGAGCGAGUCAGCACAAGAAUAUCGCGCACUGGCAACGAUAUACGCCCUAAUUCACAUGAAGAAAGUGAUCAAGGUGCUUCUCGAGGGCCAAAAUGCCAGCGCGGCGGACAACUAUAUCAUCACCGCUAAGGAGCUUCUCAAUAUCAACAGCCACCAAGUUUCUCCUUUGAACAAUCUCUUCUUGGAAGAAGAGGGGAAGGAACCGUAUACAGCCAAGCUUUGA